CCCAUAUAAGAGUAAAUGACAUGCUCUGCAUUCUGUACCAGGAAAGACUGAAGGAAGAAGAUGUUGAAGUUUCUAUCGAAAGUGAAGAUCGAGUUCAAUGCAUUGGACCCACGCAUAGCUUCAUGCAUGGAGUUCUUAGCCCAGUGCAACGCCCCCAAAGCCAAAGAGUCCAACCCCGCCUGCCAACUACAGGUCAAGCGCCGUACGGACGAUCACCCGCCCCAAAUCACCGUUACUUUCGUCAACGGAGUGGAAGAAGUUUUCGAUGCCACAUCCACUCCUGCUCAAACCAUAAGGACCAUGAUCCUCGAAAAGGGCCAGUUCCUUGAGACCGAGCAAAUGUUCCGUGAAGCAGGCGAGAAGUGGCCCGUUGUUAUACCCGAGGAGGAGCUUCACCAAUCGUUUCCUGGAACCAAGCCAAGGAAAGCAGAAGAGAAGAAGCAGUAAAUCCACUCCGUCUUACCUCAGCCAUUUUACUUGAUGUCACUUUGAAAGAUAAUAAAUUGUUCCAUUGUACGAUGAAGCCUGGGGAAGUGCUCCUAUAUGAACAUUUUGGAGACUGAUUUAUGCUGCUAGAGUUCUUAAUUUUUUUAAUCCUAGUUCAAUUGAACACUUAUCCGUUUGAGUUACUCUUUAGAACCCCAUUUGGGUGCUUUGAUUUCACCUGUUUAAUGUCAUAAGAGAACUUUCUUUGCUGCA